AAUCCAUCCAUAUAAUUGAAGUAACUCAAAACAAUAUUGAAAAAACAAGCUCUUUCCUACAAGAAACUACGAACUAUUGGUGUCUUCUGUACAGACCACCUUGUGACAUUAUCAAUGGCGUUGGGCAGAGUGAGAGCUCUACUCCCUCUUACCAAACGUAAAUAUUCCCUCAUUUCUCCUCCCUUUCCAUGCUAUACGAUGCGCAGAUUCUCUUCCUCACCACUUUCAUCCCAGUUUGAGAAUGUUGGAUUCAUAGGGCUUGGAAACAUGGGGUCGAGAAUGGCUUCAAAUCUACUCAAGGCUGGAUACAAGCUUACUGUUCAUGAUGUAAACCAUAAUGUCACAAAGAUGUUUACUAACGUGGGAGUUCCCUCAAAAGAAACACCUUUUGAAGUUGCAGAGGCAAGUGAUGUAGUAAUUACUAUGCUGCCUUCAUCAAAUCAUGUUAUGGAUGUUUACAUGGGACCAAAUGGUUUACUUGAUGAAAGGAGUCCCCUAAGACCACAUCUAUUAAUAGAUUCAUCAACCAUUGAUCCGCAAACAUCAAGGAAGCUCUCUGCUAAAGUGGCUUCUUGCACUUUGAAAGAAAAGAAAGAUAACUGGGAGAAUCCUUUAAUGCUGGAUGCUCCCGUCUCUGGAGGAGUUCUUUCUGCGGAAGCUGGCACACUUACUUUCAUGGUAGGUGGCUCUGAAGAUGCUUAUCUGGCUGCCAAAUCUUUACUCCUCUCUAUGGGAAAAAAUGCGAUUUUUUGUGGUGGGGCAGGAAAUGGUUCAGCAGCAAAGAUAUGCAACAAUUUGGCAAUGGCUGUGAGUAUGCUGGGUGUUUCUGAAGCCCUUUCUCUUGGUCAGUCAUUAGGAAUAAGUGCCAGUACUCUGACAAAGAUAUUUAAUUCUUCAACUGCUCGCUGUUGGAGUAGUGACAGCUAUAAUCCAGUUCCUGGAGUGAUGGAAGGGGUGCCUUCUUCAAGGAAUUAUACUGGUGGUUUUGCAUCCAAACUUAUGGCUAAAGACUUGAACCUUGCUGUAGCAUCAGCCAAAGAGGUCGGUCUUAAAUUUCCACUGAUGUCCCAAGCCCAGGAAAUAUAUGCAGAGAUUUGCAAGGAUGGCCAUGAAAUCGAGGACUUCUCCUGUGUUUUCCGCCAUCAUUACUCUGGAAAAGAUGAGUUUAAUUAGGUAGACCAUUGGAAAUUAUUUCCUAAACCAAAAGUUCAAGCAGGGGUCAGUUUUAAACUUCCCUGCUGCUGUAUCUAAAUAAGUAUUGUCUUUGAUCUUUAAUUCAAUUGAGUCCUCCGAGUCCUCCGCUAUUUGUUAAUAAAAAUGGGGCUUUUUGCCUCCUAAAAUAUUACCAUCAGUUUUGGUCCCGUUUGCCCAUAAAUUUACCUAUGGAUC